GGGGAGGGCGGGAGGGGGCUGGUUUUUGCAUUUCGGUCCUCUCCGCCCCCCCCUCCUGCCUGUCUCUCUUUCUCCCAAGUUCGCCGCUUUGCCGCCGCCCCUCCGGAGCGGCUUAGCUGCGGGCUGCCCCUGCCCCGCUCCUGGCGCUGCCCGCGGCGGGGCGGGCGGGGACCGCGGGGAGCCGAGGCAAGCGAGGGAGCGGCCCGCAGCCCCCCGGGAGGCUCCAGCUCCGGGGAGCAGCGGGGGAAAGCGGCGAGCACAGGCACCGGGAUCCGCCGCCCGCUUCCCGGCACUGCCGCCGUCUGCUCAGCGCUGGCGGCCCCGGGAGAUGGUGACAUAUGAAGCGUGCGGGAAGGACCAUGGUUGAGAGGACCAGCAAGUUCUUGCUGAUCGUGGCCGUCUCGGUGUGCUUCAUGCUUAUCUUGUACCAGUACGUGGGGCCGGGGCUGAGCCUGGGUUCCCCCAGCGGCCGCUCCUACUCGGAGGAGCUGGACCUCUUCCCUACGCCAGACCCGCACUACGUGAAGAAGUACUACUUCCCCGUGCGGGAGCUGGAGCGGGAGCUCGCCUUCGACAUGAAGGGCGAGGACGUGAUCGUCUUUCUGCACAUCCAGAAGACCGGCGGUACCACCUUCGGCCGCCACCUGGUGCAAAACGUGCGGCUGGAGGUGCCCUGCGACUGCCGGCCCGGGCAGAAGAAGUGCACCUGCUACCGCCCCAACCGCCGGGAGACCUGGCUCUUCUCCCGCUUCUCCACGGGCUGGAGCUGCGGGCUGCACGCCGACUGGACCGAGCUCACCAACUGCGUGCCCGGAGUACUGGACCGCCGGGAGAGCGCUGCCGCCAAGACGCCCAGAAAAUUUUACUACAUCACACUGCUGAGAGACCCUGUAUCUCGUUACCUCAGUGAAUGGCGUCAUGUCCAACGAGGUGCUACUUGGAAGACCUCCUUGCACAUGUGUGAUGGCAGGACACCAACUCCUGAAGAGCUGCCAUCAUGCUAUGAAGGCACAGACUGGUCAGGCUGCACGCUGCAGGAGUUCAUGGACUGCCCAUAUAACUUGGCCAACAACCGCCAAGUGAGGAUGUUGGCAGACUUAAGCUUAGUGGGCUGUUACAACAUGUCUUUCAUCCCAGAGAACAAGCGAGCACAGAUCCUGCUGGAGAGCGCAAAAAAGAACCUCAAAGACAUGGCCUUCUUCGGCCUGACAGAGUUCCAGAGAAAGACUCAGUAUCUCUUUGAGAGAACUUUUAAUCUGAAAUUCAUCCGGCCCUUUAUGCAGUACAACAGUACCAGGGCAGGAGGGGUGGAAGUGGACAAUGACACCAUCCGGAGGAUUGAGGAGCUCAAUGACUUGGACAUGCAGCUCUAUGACUAUGCAAAGGACCUCUUCCAACAGCGCUACCAGUACAAACGGCAGCUGGAGAGGAUGGAGCAGAGGAUAAAGAAUCGGGAAGAGCGGCUUCUUCACCGGUCCAAUGAAGCACUUCCCAAGGAAGAGACCGAAGAGCAAGGACGCUUGCCCACUGAGGACUACAUGAGCCAUAUUAUAGAGAAGUGGUAGCCUAGGCAGACUUUUAUAUUAAUGAUACUCUAGGGUUUCCAUAUAAAAGAUCAUGGAAGUAAAAUUACAAAAACAACAAAAGGUAUUUUAUUUAAAAGCAAGUCUGUAAAACAGAAGAUAGAUUGCUUCCUUAAGCGUAGGGUCUUUUUACUGUUUCUUACAAGACCGUUAAGAUUCUUAAAAAAACAUAAAAUAAAUACAUAAAAAUAAAAAAGGGUCAACAUUAUAAAGCGGAGAGAAAAAUUGCACCAGAGAAAAAUGCAGUUACCCCCUUUUAAGGCCAAAUGCAAAAGAAGGUUUCUUAUCUUUACGAUUCAAACACAAAUGGCAGAAGUAGGAUUUUAAAAAUCUGUUUAUCCCCUGAGCAUAAUGAUAUAAAGAUGCAUAAUUAAAAAACAAGGAAAUGGAGGUUUUCUUUUGUGGGUGUUUUUUGGAGGUGGGAUGGGAAUUGCAAUCCUUUUGAGUAAAUUGUAACCGUGGCCAAGUUGAGGAUGUGCUAUCCUGGCAGGUGGUGGUCUGAGGGCAAGGGCAGUCACUGCCAGAAAGUAGAACACCAUAAAAAUAAAGGAAGAAAAACAUCAGAGGAUGACAAACAUUAAAGCAUAUUGACUGUGGUUAGGAUACCUACUUAGCACAGUAGUUUUGAUGCAUUUCACUGAUAUUGCAUAUAUAUUUGGAACUUCAUCGUAUCAUAAAAAUAAGAGGGAAUUCAUGCAUAUAAUUCCCAGAUUUGUUUCACGGGCAGGUGGCAAAAUAAAUUAAGCCAAUUAAAUUCCAUGUGGGCUCAAACGUGCACUCACAUGCCAUCCUGUUACCCUCCACAUCUGCUGCUUAUGCCAUCAUCAAGAUUACAUGUUAACAGCACAUGAGACCCCAAUUCUCCAUGUUAAAAAACAGGAAGAAGAAUUUAAUUAGCAAUACUUCCUCGUAAGGCUGCACAAGUUCCAGGGAAAACUCUGCAAAUAAUCAGUUCUUAAUGGCAACAUGACAAGGGGGUGAUUUUGUUUUGUUUAUUGCUAUGUGAAAUGCUGAACUAGACCAAGCAUACUGAUGUACCUGUAUCUGUAUUUUUUUCAGUUAUUUUUACUUGCUUUUAUCAAAAGAUAAUGGGCAUCAGCCUGCUUCCAGUGAAGUCACUAGACCUGAUUUAAGUGGGAACAGGAUGGGGCUCUCUUCCAGAGCUGUGAAAAUUUCUGACUAUAGGUCUGAAUUAAUUGUGAGACAGUGAACACUGUCUUUUGGCAGAGUGCCUGUUCUGGAGCUCUAACUUUAAAUGAACAAGCUGUGUUCAUAAAACUGGAAAGGGAAAUCAUGAAUAAGGUUUUUUUAGUCUCAGACCACUUUCAAAGCAGAACCCUUUCUCUUUCAAUGCUGUUUUUCAGGGACUCAUGUAAGUUUAAUCCUCCAGUGUGGUGACAGUCUAACCAGGUUUUGCUUACUGACUUUUGAGUCAUAGAACAAUGACUUCUCUAAUUCCGCUUCCCACUCACCAAAUUAAAGUAUGGCUUAUUUUAUUGCUGCUGCAAGCACUUCUUUCUUUGUCUGGAAGCAUGGAAAUGAAGCAGGUUUUGCCCGUUUUAUGUCUCACCCUGUUAUUAAUCAGCCUGUAAGACCUGAACCAGCUAUUGUUUAGGGUAAACUGUGAACCAAAUGGAAUAUGAUUUGAUUUUAAAAGGCCAUGUUAACUGCAGAUCAAAUAUGGCCUUGAAAUUGCCAGCGGAGAGGCAGAGAGCUGAUGCAUUCAACUUCAGCAUGUCAUUUUUACAGUGUUCCUUUCCCAUCACACAAAUCCACUGAAGUGCUAGCUUAUUUUCUAUUUUAUUUCUCUCUCUGUCUCUGAACACUGUUUCCAACAGUUUCAGAUUCAGUCUGAGAUUUGCAAAGGAGGGGCUGCCUUAAGCAAAGGAGCUGCCUUGUUUCUUCCAUGUGCACCCCUGCUGAUACACCUCGGUUUCGGAGAUGUUCUUCUCCAGAAGAGUAAAGAUGACUAAAAACUUAAGAACAGAAAAUACAAACAGCACUUUGGGCUUAAAUACAACCCUGCUACAGCCCUGAUCCAAAGUCCACUGAAGUCAAAGGCUGUCCUAUUGAUUUCAGAUUGGGUCUGCAUUCUGGUGCUGCAGAGGGCACAAGCACACUCAUUCUUCUACAAGCACAGUGGGACAUUGUUACCUCUUCAUUCAGCUGGUACCAAUAUGUGCUAGCGAUGUUGCUGUCUUUCAAGGUUCUGUCAGUCCUUCUGCCACAAAAUGGCCACUGUUCCCAGAGAUGUGUAGCCUGGCCGUAAACAUUUCCUUCUAGCUGAAAAGUAGGAAGCAAAACGAAGCAAUUUUCAGUUGUGGCUUAGGGGCAGAAGGUAUUACAAAUACAUUUACUCACCUCUGAGUUCCAAGACUGAGAGGAGCUAGGUCCUAGCACUUGUGGUGCUGUAAGUAAAAAAAACAUUUAUGGUUUUAAAAUUCGAUUUUACAGGCUGUUUAACCACAAAACCAAUAGACAAGAUAUUAACAGCAACUGUUGUAUACGCACGGUUCCCAGCUUUACCCAAAGGCUUUGUCACUGUGCAUCCGUAGUGCACAAAUGGUUACUGCAGCUCCUCUGCAGUCGAGGUGCCCACCAGCCCAGCUCUGGCAGGCCCAUGUGGUGAAUUCCCAGGCAGGGCUGCAUAUGCACUGAUUCCUGAGAGCCGUUCUGUACUGAAAGCCAAAUUCUGCUCUCAUCUACCAAAGGGAGACAGUGAACAGGACUGUGUAUGAUUAGGACUGAUAACAUUAUUUGCCCUGGCGUGCCUGAGUUGUUCAUGUGUUCUGGGCUCUGAGUUACUAAUUGGAUUUCGAUGGUUCUAUCUACAGGAUUCUCUAAAUCAGAGGCAGCCUCUGACUCUAGAAGCAUGUCAGUAGAAGACCUUGUUCUAACAUUUUCUUUGUAAUAUCUUACAGUAACAAUCAGGAGGAAAUGAAACUAUCUUGAAAACUGUCUUGUUAACAGCUUCACUUCAACCCACAAAAGGAGUGCUGACCUCACCUUAGCACUGAGGCAGAGAUUUCUAGAUUCAAAUUCUGCACCCAGCAAAUGCCUCAGUUUCUUCACCAGUUCAUUUGGAAUAACAAAUUUACACACUGUAGAGGUACUCCAAGGUAUGAGAAGUAUAAGGCACUUUGAAACAGAUUAUAAGUACUAGAAAUUAAGAGAAUUACCCAAAAGCCAUUGCUCACCCUGGCUGCCAGGCUGGUCUGUUUGUGGCUGUAAGCCAUGCUUUAACUUACUGAAAGUGCUGUGUGCCAGAGCAUGGGCUGCAGAACAUACCUGGCACUAUCUUUUAGUGGGUUUAAGGGAACAUUUUUAACAUUAAAUGAAUGUAGUUUUUUGUGAUUUCUAUGUACUACAGUUUGAAGUGGUACAAUUUCUUUUCUAUGUAGUACUGUUGCUACGAUAACAUGGAAAAUGUAUGUGUAGUUUUAAAUUGAAUGGAGAAAAAUGACUUUAAGGCACUUCAGCAGAAGUAGUGGCCAGAUAGUACAUUCAUGUUAUAUAUCUGCCCUUUUCUUCCAAAAUGUUUUUCCUCUGAUUUCCAGAUACACUGAGACCUUCUUCACUACCUGAAGUGUUUGCUCAUGGGGCCUGUCAAUGCAUCAUGAUCCAGGUCAGGAUAAGUGAGUGCUGUGUAUAGUGAGGGCAGAUGUAGGACUGCAACUCUUGCUCCCCUUAACUGGAGUUGGUGAGGCUGUUCCCUUUGAAUCCAGAUUUUACCCAGGCAGAUGCUUGUCCAUCCCACAGUGUUUCUGCCGUGGCACCAGGGACACCUUAUGGAAAGCCUUUACAAAGGCUGAGGCUGUGUAAGGUAUUUCUAAGGGUUUAUACACUCAGCAAUAUUAAUGUGUCACGGUUUGACAUUGGCUUCAUCCUGGCUUAAACCAGGACAGUGAACAUUUUGGUCAGGCAGUUGCCUGGUACAAGGGUGAAGAGGAUGGCUUUUAGCCUCUGCCAUCGGACACUGUGCUUACCCUUGCACAUCUGCAAAUGAAGGUGAUGCUCCGAGCGGGAAUUCCCCACCAGACUCCAUUCCAGCUUUCCUGUUCCUCCAAACACAGUGCUGUGCUAAGAAGGAAGAGGAGGUCAUGCUUUUAGUUACCUGAUCAGUGUUAACUUCAACUGCGUGGUAGGUGGUGUUGCCAAAGAAAACUUUUUACUGCUGAUUUGUCUCAUCCCAGCUGGCUCUGUUGAAGGAGUCUGCCUGCUCCUCCAAAGCUUCUCAGGCAGUCAUAUGCCACCUUGUACCCUACCCAGGUCACAUAAUGCAGGACUGCCAGGUAGGGUUGCAGACCUAGGCUAUCAUGGCAUUCAAAGUCAUCAACAAAAAGAAUACUCAGCAAAAGCUCAGUGUGCAUUUCUGCCCAACAUUUUGGAAUAAAUGGGGAGCACUUCACAUUGAUGUUUUUGCACACCACAGCCCCUUACAAAAUUGGGACAGCAAUGGAAGCAGCAUAAGGAAGGUCCCAACGAGCUUUUGAAUCCUCUCUCCCAGGGCUGUCCUGUAGGAGCAGAAAGUGCUGUGCAGUUGCUGAGGGCACAAGCAAGAGAGCAGGACCAGCACAGCAGCAGUAGGGACACAAGUCAAUUAGGAAGCUUUCACUUUCAGCCCAUCAGAUCACUUCAAAUAAACCAAUGAACAGCCACAGAAGGGAGCGACUGACAUUACAGAGCCAGGUCUGACCUAGGUUUAUAUCCUGGGGAUGAAAGCUUCUCUAGCUUCUAACCAAUGUUUGGAGUUACUGAGAUCCCCUCCCAUCCCGUAGAAUUUUCCAGAUGUCACCAAAAUAGGCAGCAUGACAGAAAUUUGCAACACAGACUAUGCUAAAUACUGCAUUUCCAGGGCUAUAGCUUGGAAUGCAACUCACACUGCCUGCUGGAUUCAAAUUGCAGGGCUGGCUGUGUUACCUUUUUGUUCUUGUUUUCACUAACAUUAGCAGAUCACGUUCCAGUGGCAGAGGCAAAUGCAGCCGAGCUCUGAAGGCACGGGGCAGUUAGCAGCAGCUCAGGUAAAGCAGCGAGCAGCACACACACUCUGAGCUCUCCGUGACCCUGUACGUUGCCUCAUCUGCAGGAGUUCUGCCAAGGUGACUGCAGUCCUGAUACGCACGUGGGAAUUAAAGCCUGUAUUAUCUCAGCUGCAGGUGGCUUUCUUUGUAAUUUUGAGCCAUGCAAGCUGAAAAAAACCACAACCCAAUGUUUGCAAAUGUGUCUGUCUCUUCCCUCAAAGCCUCCUAGUUCCUCCUCCCCAAUUUCCCCCAGGUGUCAAUUCUGCAGACUGGAGUGGGAGAGUUGUACUAUAAUGAAUAAUUUUAUAUUCAAAAGGUUUACUGAGCAUGAUUUGUUUUGUACAUAUUGGAAUAUGAUUUAACUUAUUUUUAUUGCCCCUUUUGAGCUUUUUUUUCAUAAGAAAAAGACAAAAAUCCCCAGAGGUUCCUCUGUGUUUGCAUGUAGUCUUCCAGACACACAGCAGCCACAGGAUUUCUCACCAUCCUUACCAGUAUCUGAAUUUAUUUUUCAUUAGCAUUUUUGUCAGGCUUUGGUUAUAUUGUCUCCUCUUCCCUCUCUGGCAUGCAAUCUGCACAGGGAAGGGAAAGGGCAAUGCAGGCAGGACUUUUAUUUUUCUCCCUCCCCCCUUUCUUUUGUGCUUUAUCUACCAAGGAACUCAGUUCUUCUAGGAGUUGUGUAACUGAGGCUAAAAAAUUACAGCUGUGCCCCCACCUGCCUUCCAUCUUCCAUCAAACAGAUUGGGCUUCUCUGAAAGUGAUUGUGGCUGGUGUCAUUCCAUUGGGCUGAAUGUGUAUGGUUUGCACUUUUUUUUUUCCACUUUGGGAACUUAAAGACAACAAAAAAUAAAAGGCAACUGUUUAACUUGAGCCAAGAAACAAUGUUUUAUAUAUUUAUUUAUACCAUCUUACAAAAAAAAAUAGUUACAAAGAGUGUUAAAAGGUUUUUUCUUUUAUUCCACAAGAAAAAUUGGAUUUAAAAAAAUAAUAAUCAUCUAAUUGCUUUUGUCUAGGUAAGAAUGAAUGUUAGCAGAUGAAAUAAACCCUAAAACUGA